CUGUGUCAGCAGGCCAGGGAUGUUCACGUGAUUUUUCUUAUUAAGGCGGAUGCUCUUUAUUAUCGCAUUUAAAAUAUUUGGGGUGGGAAGAGUAGGGGCAACUAGGAACCACCUCCCUGCUGAAGUCCCUGUCAGUUGGACAUCAUGCUUUGUGGCUGCUUUUAACAUGUGCCUUAUCCUCAGAGAAGAAGGGUCUGAGAUGAGCACUUUCUGUUGAGCUCUGCAUCUCUCUAGCAAGCCUGACUUGCUGUCACUCACAGAAGCUCCCCGCCAGAGGCAGUGCUGCUGUCUUGCAUUGGCAUGACUCAUCGCACCCGCCUACUUCAGCUGUUGCGCUGCAGCUGGAGGGGCUAAAGACCCGGUCUUCCCUGCAGGACCUAGCAUCAUGCCCACAGACCUAUCCCCACCUGAGAAAAAGAUGUUUUUAAGGCGGUAGAAUCGUUCCUGUGCUGUAGCUUAUGACAGUCCUGAAAAAUUACAUCCCUAGCUGAAUUAGUGACCUAUGCACAGGCCUGGAGAUGAGCGCUAGUAGUCAGUACAGCUUGGUGUUUGGCCAAAUAGUUUUACUCGGUUUGGUGAAAAAAUGGGGGGGGGGGGGGGAGAAAAAAAGAAUGCUUAUUCAAGAAUCUGUCAGCUAAUGAGGGAGUUAUGAAAAGCCCUGGAUUAUGCACACAGUCACCUUUUUUUAAACAGUUACCUUUUUUGUUUACAGUGUUAUCAACGAUUCCAAAAUGCUGCAAUUCAGUCGAUAUUUUCACAAGAGACCAGCUGGCCUUGUGGGUUGUUUCCCCUCUCCCAGCCUCCUCUUCCCAGCCCCUUCCAUCUUCCAUUUGUUUUCAUAACAAUACUGUCAACUACUAUUUUUAAGAAUUUAAAAUACCAAGCCACUUUGUGCACUGCCUUAUUUUUCUUUUUAUGCCAGCAAGUUCCCUCUAGAAUGAUGUUAAAUUGCUCCCUGUGGACCUGGCGUUGCUUUGAAAUACUGCUGGUGGUGGUCUUCAGUCUGUCGGAUGGUGGUUUCUAACAUUUUUGGUUGUUAAAUGACUUGUUGCACUUCAAAUACUGUAAAAUGAAACCUUUGAAUAUAUUUAUAUGUUUCUACUGCUAUGAUGUUGAACUAUUAGCAUUGUGACUAAUUCCUCUCCCAUGUGUGUUUCUUUACAGUCUCAGUGCUGAGCUGAUGUUCAUUACCUUAAAAUAUUUAUUUGGUAGAAGAAAGAAAAGACAGAAAAAGGGAAAGUGUGUGUCGCACCUAGUUGAUUUGUGUCUUUGGGUGAAAAUAAAGAAAGCCCUGUGUGAGUACUCGAACUGCUUACUAGUCUUACCUCCCAGUAACAUUGCAAUGAGACGAGAUGUCCAAGAGGGUCAGGCUCGGUGUUUAUGUCGCCUGGGAAGGCACAAGGAGGCUCUGGAUAUUGCAGAAAAAUUGAGAAACGGCGCUACUAACACAGAUCACUUAACAACGGUUCUCAACCUGCAGUUUGCCAUUUACCAGGGUAUGGAAAAUGUAGAAGAAAAGAUCACGUGUCUGCAGCAGCUGAUCUGCUUACAUCCUUUCAACCCUUGGUACUGGAAGUUACUUGCUGAAUCUUAUAUGAGCCUUUUACAGAGUUUGUCUCCAUUAGUCAUUCCAGAAACAAAUCUAAAUCAGUCUGAACAGGUUAGUGUAAGUGAUAGUAGUUUCAAAACAUCAGCUGGAAGAGAGAUUAAUUUGCAGCCUCACAGAUCAGAUGGCCAGAAAGAAGGCCCUUGGUCCAGCCUUGCUACAGAAACAAAGAGGGAGAAUGCCGUGACUUGUAGCAGCAGCCAAGCUGUAAAAGAUUUCCUCUGCACUUCAGAAGAACUGGAAAGCAUGGAUGAAGGGAAACACACAGCCUCCGAGUCCUGGGAGCAGAACAUGUCGAAGAGAGUUGGGAUAAAGGCAUGUGCCUCGUUUAUUAGAGCAAGGCUUUUACUUCAACUUAUCCAGUUGCAACAGUCGUCCUUUGCGCUAGAGAAUAACAUAAAAGGCCAAAAAGAAAUUGAUGACAAGGUGGCACAACUUGGUUUCAAUGAAAACUCCAUGGUGUUGAUGACCAAGGUUAUGGGGCAGGAUCUUAUACCAGAAAAGCUAAAAGAGGAGUUUCAGGGUGAGGUAAAAUGCAUAGGCCCUUCAGCACUGUCAUCAUUGGUAACUGCAUCAGCCACAGAAUUUGAAAUCAAAUGGUUCGGUAAUCUCCAAGAUGAUUUAUGUCACUUUGAUAGACAAUUCUAUUCAGAUACAGGUCUCCCACCUUCGGUAACUUAAAGGUUUUGUUGUAUUUAUUCUCAUAUCUCCAAAUAAUUAUGGAAUGAUAUAUGCAAUAAAGUUAAUAUUACAUUUUUUAAGAAUUAUUAUUGUAUAUCUUUUAAGAAUAUAUGUAUAAAUCUCUGCAUUUAAACUCUUAACAUCUCAUCUUCUUCUUUGUUCACUGAUUUGUUUGUAUUUAAAGUAGUAAGGAAUCCGAUAUAAAAUCGAGCUUUCACUUCAGCUUUCAGAGGUAGCUUUCCAUCAUAAACCUCACCAUGCUGUGAUUGGAGCACCUGUGAUUUUUUGAGGUCUGCAAUGCCAGUGGGGUGGAAGGCUUCCUUUAUGAUGUCCAGUUUGAAAGUUUCUUGGUGUCAAAUUCUAUGUUGUUGCAUUUAGACCCAUGGAAUUAGCCAUUUUCUUAAUUAAUUUUUUAAAUAUUUCUUGAUUAAGUGACAUUAUAGUGGUUUAUUGUUCAGAGAUGGAUAGCUAGGAAUCUUAAAUAUAUUUAUGCUGAGAAAUUGUCAAUGAGAAUAAUUCCAUAUGUUUUAGGAAAAAAAAUCUAAGUGGCAAGUGUUGAACCUAGAACCGGAAGGAGGUUUUCUUUCUUCAAAGCUAAGAGUUUUUAGGAGGCGUAGAACUAGCUAUAGUCUUGUCUUCAAUGUGCUUAGAUGAGGGAGGAGAAAAACUGUCAACGUUGUUUAUAUGCACUGAAGAGUGUUUAGUCAGAUCAUACCCUUUGUAAAACCCUGCAAGGAAGAAGAUCUUUGGUGUGAAAACUGGCAGUGUUGUUUCUGCAUCAUACAGCUCCUUAUGUUAUGCUUUCAGUUGAUAAUGACACCACUUUGCUUUACUUUCUGAAGCAUCAGUGCUAUGUGUUUGGGGCUUCUACAGAAAAAGGCAGAGAUUAUCUUGUAGUUUCUUUUGCUUGAAAUAAUUUACAUUUGAGGCAAACAAGGUGUGUUCUUCCCCCAUCUUCUCUUAAACUGAGACAUAAAUUCUUCAUAGCAUUUUGUAAAAGUGUUCUUUAAUGGAUAUAGUUUAAAACCAGGAAUCUCUUAGAUGUAAUUUGCUGUGACUUUUCUUCAUGUUUUCCUGUGUUUUCUUCCUGAAGUAGUAAAGAGUGCUGAAACUUUAAAUAACUCACAAUUGAAUGGUAAUUCACCACAUGUGAACGCACUUUGUAUCUGCUACUUUUAGGUGAAUUUUAAAGCUUUAAGAUACUGGUUAGGGAACCUGUGACUAACCCUUGGUAUGGUAUAGCCCUCUGCCAAGUUGGCUGUGAAACCUCUCCGGAAAAAUGGAAUAUCGCCUUCAGCCAUGUCAAAUUAUCUUUGAUAGUUUGGUGACUUAAUGCGAUUAAACCACAUCCUGGUCAGCUCGUUACGAAAGAUGAUGACUUGGCAAGUAUACUUGGGUAAGCAUUAACGCACUCAUAAUGUAUUACAGAAUAUUUGGUUUAGUCAUGCGUGUGCUUUGCUAGGUGGAAAUUUUUGUGUGCGUGUGUAGAGCACUAUAUUUGGAUGGCAGUGGAGCCUGCCUGAAGGGCUGGAGAUGCUUUUAAGACUAACUGGUGUCAUAAGUUUUCAGUAGAGCCUGUCCAUAACGUGCUGUAAAUUAAUUACAAUGUUGGCAUCAACAGUAGAAUGUCUUACAGCACAGACGUAGCAAACAUGGAAAGCUUAAUGCCAAAUAUGUCAGCAGUAUGUCUCCCGGUUUCCUCUUAAACUUAAGGUCAUGAGUACCCACAUAAAAAGGCUAUAAUUUGUUUUGCCACAGCUCUCGAGUAGGUUCAGUAGUUAGGACACCAGAAAACAGCUUUUGUGGAACCAGGUCUGUAUAGAUAUUUAAUGGGAACUUGCCAAAUGAUUUGGCUCCACAAUUUAGAAGGUGGAAAUAGCAUUGGAGCUGUUUUAGCAGCAAAUUAAAUACUUGCCAAAUGUCAUUUUGUGACUGAGAUGUCCGAAAUACACAGUGGCUAGCCAGGGUGAUUUGGAAACAUUUGGUGUGUGUGCAGAUUGUUUGACUUGAGGUUGUCUCUUAGACUGGGAACAUAACGGUUAACUCCCUACUGGCUCCAGGAGUGGAAGGCAAGUGGCAGUUCUUAAGAACAGGCAGUAUUUUUCUCAAACAUAACAAUAAAGCAAAAAUGUUGUUUUCUUUGCAGUAGUUAAAACCAACAUGAAUGUUGUUCUGAAUGUGUUGCAUAGUUACAGUUCCAAAUAACCAGUGUUUAUUGCACUGGGGCUAUGAAAUAUUCCUUUGUCCCACUUGUGCCUGGCUAUCUCUCAUCUCAGCUACUUCAAUUCCUCCUUUUUUGGCCUGCUCCUCACUUUUUUAGCAUGCCACUUCUAACUCUAGUUUUCUGUUUUGGAUCAUAUCUCAUGAGGGGCUUUGCAUUUCCAUCUUGCAUUUGAAUGCUUCAUCGUUGCUUCUAUGUUCUGCAUAAUUCUACAUCUGCCUGUAAUAGAUUUCUUCAUGUUUUGGCUCUUAUGAUAUUAUUAUUGGUAUUAGUACAUGCACUGGUAUUCCACGCUGAGUUAAAUAGCAAAUUUUAGUGUUGCAAACUGCAAGUGAGAUUCCGUUAAUGGUUACUGAGGUUUGAUUUUGUUAUUUUAGCUCUUGGCUUGUGUUACAGACGCUUCGGGAAGGACCCUCUGACCCUGGUUCUGAUGCUUCUGAAAUGAUUGCUGUGUACAAACACAAUCUAGUUGUGUGUCUUGAUAUUGAGUGUUUGAACAGUGCUGGUUUUGAGGUGAGGGAACAUGUUAGUGCUGUAACUAGUGACAUUAACACAGUUUUCUCCAUCACAGAAUCAUAGAAGCGUUUGGGUUGGAAGGGACCUUCAAAUAUCAUCUAGUCCAACCCCCCUGCCAUGGGCAGGGACACCUUCCACUAGGCCAGGUUGCUCAAAGCCCCAUCCAACCUGGCACUUCCAGGGAUGGGGCAUCCACAGCCUCUCUGGGCAACCUGUUCCAGUGUCUCACCACCCUCAUCGUAAAAAGUUGCUUCCUUAUGUCCAGUCUAAAUCUACUCUCUUUCAGUUUAAAACCAUUGCCACUUCUCCUGUCACUCCCCCUCCUCAGCAUAACAGGGAAAGAGAAAAUAAGAUGAAAAAAAAAAAAAGGACCUGUGGGUCAAGAUAAAGGCAGUUUAAUAAAGAAAAAGGAAAGGCUGUGUAUGGAAGCAAUGGAAAACAAAAGAAAUUAUUCUCUACUUCCCAUCUGCAGGCAAUGUUAUUGUAAAAAUGAGUAUGGGAAUAGUCUUAAGAUCACUCUUAAGGAAUCAAGAGUUAUAACAUGGGGUCCUGCUCAUGCUCCCAGCUGAGAGGGACCUUUACUGCUGGCAAUAACAAAAGAGUUUUAGCUAGUGCCUACUUCUCCUGCCCUCUUUCCGGUACCUGCACACAAACUAGAAGAAAAAUGCAAGCAAAUCCAUUUUGGUAACAAUUUGGCGACCCAGGUGGGACUCUGCAGGUUCCCGACCUGUUGAGUGUGGUGGUGGCAUACGACACAGCCAGUGCUGGGUGAGUUCCCUGAUUGUCCUUGUGGGAUCCGCAUUCCCUGGGGAGGAACUAAAACUGGGGGCAGCAUCAGUCAUGCGGGGGUUCAAUAGAUAAGGUAAAACAGGGUUCGCCGCUGGCAGAAAUUCUGGGAAACCGGAAGAAAAUUGACGGUCCUUUAGGACUCAGUGAAGCUUGAACUGUAGUUCUCUGUUGGGAUGAGUGGCCAGCUGGAACUCGGGACGGGACACCCCCUGAGCCCUGGCCCCUGGGAGGUUCAUUUGAUGUGAGUAAGGUGACCUUCCUGCCUCAUAUGCGAUACGCGAUAAGGCGGAAUUGCCUUAUAUGGUAAAUCCAUGCUGACUACUUCCCAUCGCCGCCUUGUCCUUCACAGGACAACUUGGAAGUUGUUUCCAGGAUCUGUUGCUCCAUCACUUCCCCAGGGACAGAGGUGCAGCUGGCAGGCCUAGCAAGGGUCAUGGAAGGGGGCUGCAUGGGACUGUGGUGUGCAAUGGUCCAGGAAGGAGGAAAGCCCGGGUGCUCUUUAUUUUCUAGGAGGAGCAACAGGGGCAGACCAGGGCAUGUUCUUUUUUUGAAAAAAAAGCAGGCUGUUGAAGAAGCAUUCAGUGAAAUGCUCCCGAGGACCACAAGCACAGGGGAUGUCCUGGAGCAUGUGCCCCUCUGGGUGCUUUCUGUGUGAGCAGCAAUUGCACAUGAGGUGUGCUCCAUUAGCAGUCGUACAGCCGGGCAUCAGGCUUCGCACUCAGAAGUGCCUUAAUGGGGAACGCUCGCAGGACACCAGCAGAAGCACCUCAGCCAGAAGACCUGCAGGGCCGGUUUGGGCUGGGGAAGGGAUGCGGGGACACUCUGGAAAGCCCUGGCCAAGCCCAGCCUAUUCAUUCAGCUUACUGCCAGAGUGCGAACGCAGGGGCAGCAGUGGGUUCGAGGUGCCCUGCAAACAUCCUUUCCUGGCACGUGAGUGAUGCCUGUGCAGAGGGUCCCUUGGGCAGUGCCACUUUGUUUGGCUUCGCUCUCUGCUCCCCACGGUGAGGACAUGCACAGCAACCAGCCCUGACAGGAGGGUCCCCAUCACUGCCAACAGCAGUGGUGCUCUGACAUGGCAGAGUUGCCCUCCAGAAGGCCCCAGGGGCCUCUGCUGGGCUCUGCAGGGGCCCGUGUGGGGCCCUAAUGACCCUCCAGAGUGCCUCGGGGCCUUAUUUGGGCUUUGCUGGUGCCCGUUGGAGGCCUCUGCUGCCCUCCAGAGAUCCCUCCAUUCUACAAAACUCUAAAAGUCUAAAAAAAAUCACUUUUAAGUACCAAUUCACUUCUGCAGAUAUUCUGGAGGUUGGUAUAGGCUAUGUUUAUUUAUGCAUUUCAGCCCCUACCACCCACAUCUAGAUCCUCUUCAUCUUCCUCCAGAAUAGGCGAGAGACCAAAAAUAUAAUGAUGAGGAUCAUUCCAGUUCUCGCUUUCUAGGUUGUCAUCUGAAUAGUCCUCAGCAAAAUUAGAGGGGAUGAAUCCUCUUGUGCCAUCUGCCAGCUCUCCCACAGAUCAACCGUCUUCAUCCACCUGUCCAAAGACAUAAACAGAUUGUCCAGUAGUUUGAGGAAGCUCUAGUUCAGGCUGCUCACUGGGACCAUCAAAAGGAGGGUACUGUAUCGAGCUAUGAAUGCUCAAAGCUUUCCUGGUCGUUGUCCCAGAGCCUGCAGGAUGACGGACUGUUUAUCUGCUACCGGUGCUUCUGUCUCACUUGCAGGACCCAGGAGUGUCCUCUGCCCAAGCUGACUGAGGGGCUCUGAACCCAAUUCUCUGGUUCACUUGCCGGGGCUCGAAACAGUUGCCUGGCUUCUCCGUGGUCCCUUUUUAUUUCUCACUGAGCGCUUUCUGCCAUGUCUCUCACAGCUUUCAGUUUGGUCUCUGCGGCUUCCAAUCAGGUUUGAAGACAGCUGAUGGCUUGGAUGGCAGAAUUUCACUCCUCUGCCACUCGUGUCAGUUGCCCCCUCAGGUCAGCAUUUUCAGCUUGAACCUUUUCUGCCCAGCACGUCUGCCCAUGGAGGCAAGAAUUUUCUUCAGCCAGUCUGGUGUUUUCUUCCGUCAUCUCCAGAAGCUGCACCUCUAACUCCUCGCACCUGAGCAGCUGAGGCUGCUCACCUAAUGUGAGCCCUCAUCGCUUGCAGCCAGUUGAGCCCGGAGCUCCUCAGCCGCCUGUGGCCAGGCUUCGUUCUGCUGGUCCUGUGCCACCAGAGCUCCGGCAUGCUCUCUUCUGUCUCCAGCCCUCUGCUGAGGAAACGAUUUCACGGCCGGUUCCUCAGCGGAGCUUUGGAUGGGCAGCAGCACCGGAGUACUUAGCAGGUGCCUGAUGGUCUCCUGCAGAUGCCUGCAUCUUUCUUUCAGCUGCUCGGUGAGGGCAGCUAGCUGAGCAUAUUUUUGCUGGAGCCUCUCUGCCUCCUUGCAUGCUUCUGGAGAGCUUCUCUUUCUCAGGAUGUGGUUCUCCAUCUCAAGGGCACCGCGUUGCCUCUCCAGGUCUUGCAGGGCCUGCUGCCAGCGGGCGUUCUGCUCCAGCAGCCGCUGCAGGCGCUGCCAGGAAGCACCGAGUCUUCCCCCGCAGGCUCUGGCACCUGGAGCGGAGCAUCUGCCACAGCCCGGCGUGUCGUCUGCUGCCCAGCGCUGUGGCUUUCGGGGGGUCUCUCUCUGGUAGUGCCGGCCGGAAAGACCGAGGCUCGAUCUGGUGGCUGGCCGGCUCCCGCCAGCACUCCUCCUUCCACGCAGGGUGGCCGGGGGCCCACGCCAGGCCCCGGCGGGGCGAGGGGCAGCUGCGUGCCGCAGGCCCCCAGCCCGCACCAUCCCGCCUCAUGGCUGAAGGCUCGGGGAGGCAGGGGGGGACAGGACAGGCCGUCGGCCGCCGAAUGCUGCUGCCAACAGUCACCACCAGCCGCCUUCCCUGGGUCUGCGAGGGGCGGCAAACCCCUGACCCCGCGCCGGCCGCUGCCUGCCUUCACCGCGCGGGAGCAGAGACGGCGUCUGCCGUGGGCCGGGUGCGGCCUUAUUAUAGUGUAUCGUAUACACCAUAUUAUAGUGUAUUAUACACACAGUGGAGAGGUGGGCUGAGUGGGCACCUGGCAGCCAGCCAAGGCCAACCCACCGCAAAGGCCAUACACGUUUUUAUCGCAACUUUGCCGCUUUCAGACCUUUUGGUCUGCUUUCUUCUAGCAGCAAACCCACUUGUACAGGCGGGGUUACUGUCAGUCAAAUCCUACUGCACAUGUCUUGGAAGACAUCUUUACUUUUUAGGUUUUAGGUCGCACCUCUCCUUUGUGCACGGGGGGGCCAGGACAGACCAUGUAAGGCUCUAUUGGGUCUGGCUGGGAUGGAGUUAACUUUCCCCACAGCAGCCCCCAUAGUGCUGAAGGGUCUCUUGCCUACCCCAGUGAAAACCAGCAGCUUCCAGCACUGUCCUGGGGCUUGGCCUGUGCCUGCUGAGCCAGUUCAGUACUCUCAGAGCCCUGUCGUUAGGGCAGGGACCCAAACCACCUCUGAGAACGCCUUGGCUGAGACGGGGAUGCAGACUACAUCUGAGGACAUGACAGUAGAGACAGAGACCCAAACUGCAUCUGAGGACACCAUGGCGGCGAUAGGGACCCAACUAACAACUACAGUAGUGGAAAAGAAACAGUGGACAAGGAGGUCAACGGGUCCAUAUCAUCGAUUAGCAAGGGAAGAGGAGGAGGAGGAAGGUUUUGAUCAAGAAGCUGGUCCUUCAGCAAAGAAAUGGGAGGCAGGAGUGAGAGAAAUCAGGCAGGAGGUGGAAACCACCUGGCCCCUGACCGCGUCGUCAGAACUUGGAGAGAUGCGGAAAGAUGACAGCCGCCAGCCAGGUGAGCGGAUUGCUGCCUCACUGCUCUGAUGCUGGGAUAGCAGGGCCAACAGUCAGCAACUGGAAGGUAAGGAAGCCCAACAGUGCCUCCAACGGGCCCCAGCAAAGCCCAGAUAAGGCCCAGGGGCGCUCUGGAGGGUAAUUAGGGGCCUUUGUAGGGAGUGUCCCCAGAGCUGGACACAGUACUGCGGGUGGGGUCUUGCCAGAGCAGAGCAGAGGGGCAGAAUCACCUCCCUCGACCUGCUGGCCACGCUGCUUUUGAUGCAGCCCAGGAUACGGUUGGCUUGCUGGGCUGCGAGCGCACAGUGCCAGCUCAUGUCCAGCUUUUCAUCCACCAGUACCCCCAAUCCUUCUCCGCAGGGCUGCUCGCAAUCCCUUCAUCCCCCAGCCUGUAUUGAUACUGGGGGUUGCCCUGACCCAGGUGCAGGACCUUGCACUUGCCCUUGUUGAACCUCAUGAGGUUCACAUGGACCUCCAGCCUGUCCAGGUCCCCCUGGAUGGCAUCCCAUCCCUCAAGUGAAUCAACUGCACCACUCAGCUUGGUGUCAUCCGCAAACUUGCUGAGGGUGUACUGUAUGGUAGCAGUGCUUAUUUGAGCCCUUCUCUUGCAGCAGGUAGAUGAGGUAUGUCAGCAUCCUGCCGUGACCUCCUGACAGGUAGUUUCUGCAGCUGCCUGUAUCCACAUGUUCCCCUCAUCACGGAGUGAUCAAGCUUGUGGGGGCCUGUUAGGAGUUUUGGUGUAACUCAUUGCUGAAAUGGUAAACUCUGAUUGUUUUCCAUCAAAACUGAAAUUCCAUUCAUUUGAUGUUCAAGUUCAGCUGUCAUUUGAACUAGUACAAACUGUGUCCCUGAUCCAGGGGUGAAAUCAGCUCAUCUUAACUCACAGUACUCCUUCUGGGUUAUUAGCUUGUCCCUUACCGACUUCUCAUUAGCUGUGUUCUCCAAAACUUCUGUAGGCAAACUAUCUUGCCCCACAGAGAUGAGAAGAGCUCCUUCAUGGAUUUCAUGGGUCAUGGCCUGAGGAAAUGAAGGCUUCAGAGGUAGUGGUCUACAAACUUCUCCCCAGAGCCCCCCCCCCGUGCCACAUGCAGUUGGGCCACAACAGGAUCAGGGAACUGAAUCAAAUUUAGAAGAAAAAUCUUAAUUAGGCUGGGGGGACAUGUAUGUUUAAUUCUGUUCCUGUUGAUUUCAGAAGAAACAAAAUGUGUUUCCUCUUCACCUGGGCUCUGACUGUAUGGAACUCAUUUAGCUUUUGGAAGAGAAGAGUCUUAAGGUGCACAAAUCAAGAGAAUAUGAAGAAACAAAAUGAUUCUCAAAAGGAUUUUAAUGAAAGUCUUCUCUUUUAUUUGAAUGGUUGCCAUAUUUAGAUAAUUAAGUAGAAUUGUCAUAGGAAUGAAAAUCAUCUUUCCCUUCUUCCCAAGGAAUCCGAAAAAUGUCGCUAUGUACAGAAUUUACAAUUAUAUGCAACAGUUUAUUGUUAUUCUGGACUCCAAAAUUUGGGAUCGCAGGUAAAAACGGCCACACCAAAGCUAGAGCAGGAUGUGUCCAUCCUGUACCUUUCACAAUGUUCUGUAAACUUUACCAGUAUACUUUCAAAAUGAUAGCUCUUCCAAGGAUGAGAAGCUUUCCUCACCUGAGAUCUUGCUACUGUAUACAAUUUUCAUAAUCCACAGCCUAAAUAAUUAAAUUGGAUUCCUUUUAGAGCAGGUGAGAAGUCAGGCAAAAUGGGCCAGAUGAGCAGAUGUGUUUAGAUUUCUGUUUUCUGUUGGUGUCAGAUGAAAGAUGAUAUAAAGCAGGUGUAAAAAAAUAAUGAUAAAUCAGUAGAUGUUAGGCAUCUAGUAACUUUGGGAUUUGGAUGGAAAUCCUUCAUUUCAUGAAUUUUCUUGGUAAUUUUUGCCUUUCACUUACAGAAGUUUCCUUUGUUUUCAUGAAUUAUUUGGCAGAAAGUCUUUCUGUUUUGGUUCAAGCUGCUGAACCUCCAUAACUUCCUCUCUAACUGUAUUCGACAGCCACUACAGACACCGAGUUUCUCUUUAAAAAUUAGAAACCUUGAAGAACUCUGAAAUACUUCUGAAAUACAGCAUCAUUAUCUCUAACUUAACAUUCAAUCAAAUGUCCACUGAGAGAAUUUCUAAGAUCCACGUGCUAUUAAAUGAAUUGGAACUCAGUCCUGGUGUGUUACUAGUAGGACUUUGCUUCUGUACUCAGCUUAAUUUUCCAGUCUGAAUCUACACGGCUGCUCUGCAGUAAGGAAAAUUGCUCUGAGCUGGUGGGAUCGGAGGUUUGUAACAAAGUGUGCUGGAAUGCACCCUUGUUGCUAAUGAGUGGAAGUGAGCAUACGGUGGCUGCAAGAUGUCCUCCGUAACCUGAAUUGUCGGUCUUGGUCCACGUCAUGGUUAGCAGGUCCCUUCCGAGAAACCUUGGGAACAGACGUCCUUGCUGUGCACCUCAAACAGACAGCUCCGAGACAGUGCAGUGGUAGAAACUGUGCUUCCCCGUCAGUCCUAAAGGAGUCCUCCUAAAUCACGAUUAAGGUGCGAUAACAGCAUGAAGGUAGACUGCUGCUGCCAGCAUCGCCUCGGUUUGGCACAUAAAUAGCAGCUUUCAGUCCCCUUAUGCAAGUGCAUAAAAUGCAUAGUAAUAAACUGUGACUUACCCCACUUUCAGGUGCCUGGCCAUAUGAAAAACAGUUAGCCACCUAAAUCUACUGCUACACAAAUAUGCUACCAAGGGCAGGUGAUAGGCAGCAGCAGUGUUGCACUGUGAGCAGCAUUAUUUAGAUGCGUUCUUCCUGGGAUCAUGAUGCACCCAAGGUUUACAUGUUAGCAGGCUUGGCUUUUUAAUUAGGGAAAUGAAGCAUCCAUAAGCAGCAAAACAAAACAAGAGGCUUGAAAUCAUCCUCAUUUUGUAUUAUACAGAAUUUCUAUAUUCAUCAGUACACAAGCGAUUGCUAAACAGGUCCUCACUACAUUUACUUGCAAUUCAAAACAAGGUGGUGGUUAUGCAAACAGGUUAGCUUUGUGGAGGCAUCUCCAGGGUGAGCUUAACCCUGUCCUGUUUGGUUCCUCUUGUCUAAGUCUUAUAGGUCUGUAAAUGUUCAUGUUGUUGUACAGAACUGCGGAGUUAUCGGCCACGUAGUGCGGCUGAUAGUAGUUAGCCUGGAUGGCCUUCUGUGGUGGUGGGGCUGUGAAUGAGACAUAGCUGUGGAAGGAAUUAACUCUAUGGAGAGGUGACUGGGGGGUGAAGUUGCUGCUGAAUAUGAGAGUUCUUGGGGUUUGCUUGGUCUGGUGGGUGCUGCCAGCUGAGAGGCUGCUGAAGGGAUCAGAAAGAGUGUUAGCACUUUCCUCGUUGCUGUAGGGAAGGCUGCGCUGGGGCGCCCAGCUCUUCCUGAACAGGAAGGGCAUGGUACGUGGUGGAGACUUUGGUCCCCUCACUGGCUUGGACAGUGCGUAAAGGUGUCGGAACUCUUCAUCAAACAGCUCCACAACUUGACCCGUGAACUUGGAGAGGAGGUUGCGGUGAACCUGGCCGCAUAACCAUGUGAAGCUGGAAGGAGAGACAAGGUGAGGGUUAGCAUUAACAUCAGCUAUUAGGAACUGGAGAUCCCUGCAGGGGUGGUGCGAAAGGCAAAUGUGUUUUACUGCUGAAGUUCCUUGUCUAAACACAGGAGGAAGAUGGUGUCGCAGUUGAAUUUCAGGUCAGUUCACAUCAGUGCUCUUUGACUUGGAUCAAGCUUUAUUAUUGCAGCUGCCUCUAAAACCUUCAAGAAACCUUGUAAAGUUAUACAACCUCCUAAAGGAAGCAGUGAUCCAGAUCCACUGCAGGACUAAAUGUCAGAUACAAUACCCAAGGUUUGGGCAUCUGUUCCAUGGAAAGGAGUUUAGACCCCUCUUUUGGGUACCUCUCUUUCACGCACAAUGCUUAAAUUCAGGUCUUACCACAUCUUGUCUGCACACACAUAAAUUGUACCUUCCCUGCAGAAUGCUGUGCCAGUUGGUAACUCUCACUUACUCAAAACUGACAUUAGAAAGACUAGCGAAAAAUAACCAUCCUUUGUUUUUAUUUUGCCACACUUUUCCUGCAUUGGUCCAGAGAAACACAUAAAAAGCCAACCUGUCACAUCCCACUCCCACUAAAUAAACUGCCACACCUGACAAAUGCUUAUUUUCUUCAUUACAGAGAAAAUGAAAUUAUAAAUAUUUCCUACAGCCUUUCCAAAAAUAAAAAUACCACUUUGCUAUAAAGUAAGGGAGAAACACUGCAAUAGUUUUCAUUCUGGUAGUCCAGAGACACAGCUUAGGAUACCCCAUAGUUCAUAAAUGAUUUUUCUUUUGUGUGCUUCCCUAAUCCACUCAGCAAACAUAAAUUUGUGCUCUUUUACAGAACCACAAGCCAUCUUGAUUGUGCUGUGCAGCCUGCCUUGUCUGAGCAGCAGCAGCAGCAUCAAUAAAAUGAGCAUAGUUGAGAGAAUGAAAUGUAAUUACUCCCUGAGCUGACCAGGGCUCGAGCUGUGCAGCAGAGGAUACAGAGCAGCGUUGGACUUGAACCUGAGGUUGUUCUGUGUUGGCAAAACUCUGCCACGGUUAUUCCUGCGUGACUUUAUUAGCUACGCUGGAUGUGCACAAGGAUUGCUGAGAGCCAGAUUUGGCUGUAGGUGUGUGCACUUUAAAUCUUGUUCUUGUCAUGUUUUGACAAAACUCCUGUGAAACUCAGUGGGACUGACAGCCUGAGCUGAUGCUAAGGGAAUAAAGACAGACAAUUUGCA